AAUCAGCUGAUUAGGAUUUAUUUUUUUGAAAAUUUUUAAAUUACCCACAACGCCGUACUCCACAAGGCAUUGCACUCUCCAUGGCCGCCGCUUAGUCUGAACCGUGUUUUUUCUUUUCCUGUAUUUUUUCGCUUAUUUUAGGACAAUUUCAGGCAGCGAAAUGAGGCGUUUUGCCUCUGGCGAUGCCGGCAUUUUGCCCCCAGAUCCCCUGUAUUGUUUUCGAGAAAAUAUGGGGUACGUCCACACUAUUUGCUUCCCCAAACGUAACCCCAAUUUUUCAGAUCUUCUUUUGGCUGGCACAGAAAAGGGGGAUGUUUAUUUUUUGGAUUUGGAAUGUAAUAGAGUGCAACAUAAACAAAAUAUGGGGGAGUCAAUUCAAGCCAUUCAUUCAAAAGUUUACGAUAUUAUUACUCACGAAAAGAGCGGUUUAGUCAAGCUUUGGGCUAUCGAAAACAAUACUGGUUAUAAAGUACAAAGGACCUUCAAUUGUUAUGGCGGUUUUUGCAAGAGUGUACUUAUUGACGAGCAACUUGUUUUGCCCCAAGACCAGGGCAGUGUGGAGGCCAUAGAUUUAGAUACAUUCAAGACUGUUAGAAAAUAUGUACCUGAUAAAAAUGAAAACUUAGGGAGUGUCAUGUGCCUUGAAAAGUUUGACAUAGGAGGGGUGGCCUAUCUUUUGGUCGGUUAUGAGAGUGGAAAUUUAAUUUUGUUUGACUUCUCUACGGGCAGGCCAGUUUGUCAACUAACAUUAAAAGAGUUCAUCACGUCCGUCACUUUUGACCCGGUAUCUUGCAGAGGUGUUGUUUCCAAUUCGUCUAAUACGUUACAAGUUUUUAGAAUCGAUCCAGAAUGUCUCGAGAUGACGUUACAAGCUGAAUUGGCUUUGCCGAAUGACGGUUGCCAGAUUGUCAAGUUUAGACCCGACCAUAGACUUUUAAUGGCCGGAGGAUGGGAUGGAAGAUUGAGGAUUUAUUCAUGGAGAACCCUUAGAGUUUUGGCAAUUCUUACGGAACACAAGAAACAAAUAUCCGACGUUCAAUUUUCGCCAAAUAUUGUAAGAUACUGGGAUUCCAAAAUUUUUGCAACAGGUGGAGCAGAUGGAUCUAUUGCCCUUUGGAACGUUUACCACUCGUACACCUACUAAACAGUUUCACCCUUUCGUUUUAAAUAAUCAUAAAUUUGGUCAGUACUUUCUCCGUAAAAUUCAGCGAAUUUAGUAAGUAGAUUUAAAUUAAAACUAAUGUUGUAUUGGAUUUCGAACCAUUUUUCUCAUGUGUUUGUUAAUACCAAGUUUUAGAAAACCAUUAAUUACGAUUUUGCUUAUUUAAAUAACCUAAUAAGUUUUUACUUUGUUUAAUAUAUGUAGGAUGGGUAGGUAGAAGAGUAUAAGUAAAAAAUUGCCAAAUCGAGAAAAACGUGUUUAAGAAUUUUAGUGCUGGUAAUUUUAUGAAUAUAUGUAUAAACUUACGUUUUAAUUGGAGCAAGAGUUUUAAAAAAUAUUAAUAUACUCUCAUAUUCUUAUUAAAAAAUGUACUUUAUUACCAUGUUUGAUAACCAUGGCACAAAAUUACUAUGAAAUCAUCAUUACGAUAACAUUGUAUCCUUUUUAUUAAAAGACAAAUGUAUAAAUAAAUGUUAUAAAAAGUACAAUUUUAUUAAAUUGAAAAAACCAUUUUGCUGAAAGCCAGAACAGAUAACAGAACAGAAAAGAUGUAUCAUACGAUGACUUAAUUUAUAGUGUUUUUCUUCAUGAUUCAUUAUUUUUUUCCACUGCCACAGAGCUAUAUUAGAAUGUAAUUUUUACAAAAAAAAUUAAUUACUUAAUAUAAUAUGCUAAAUUUGUUUUUCUUUAUUAAUUACGGUCUCCUUAGCCAAAAACAUAAUUUGAUAAGGUAACUAACUUCAUAGGAUUUUGGUUGAUAAAUAAUUUAAUUCUUUUGCUCACUGCCACAGAGCGAUAAAAAAAUUAAAAUUUUUAAAGAAAAAUUAUAUUUCUUAUUGUCUGAUAGAUUUUAAAAAAAAUUAUUUUCGGAUAAAUUCGAAAAUAAAAAAACACCUAAUAAAAUAUUUAAAAAAAUAUAUGUUUUAUUUGUAAAUGAAACUACAAGUAAAAAAGAACAAAGCGUAACUCUUUUAAAAAAAAAACACAUCAGUUUAAACAAAAGUCUUUAUUUGAUUCCUAUUUGGGCAUAUUUUCCCUUGACUUCAGCCUGUUUCGUAUAUACCUGUCUUUUUUUUCACUUCCACAGACAGAAGCCAAAGCUUCUGUUACUAUUUUGACACCCCUCUCAACUGCUUGCGUAUGACAAGGGUAUGCUGUUACGUAUGCCAAAAGACUGGUUUCAGGAUUCUGAACAACUUCUUCUAGUUAGUCCUUUGAUAGUUUUAUAGUUACAGGAGGCUCUGUCCAUAAAACUUUUUGGCAGUCGAUAAUUUCAAAAUACUCCUUAGCGUCAAAAAUAAACUCUGGUACUAUAAGAUGUCGAUGAUCUUUGUAAUUUAACUGCCUACUCUUCAAAAUUCUUUGGAAUCUUAGUUGUCUUAUGUAUUUACGUUCGUCAAAUAACAUAGACAAAAUAAUAUUUUCUGGGCUUCCAAAGUAUCCAUUUCUUUGAAUGGUUUUAUACACUAAAUCUUUUAAUUCUGGUUGUAAAUAGUCGUAGAGGCUUAUGGUUUUGAAUAAAUGUCUUGCACCAUAAAUGCAUAACGGUUGAGCCUUAAUGCAAAACCACAUGGGCGCAUAUACUUUCAUUACAAAAUGGCUUAGUAUUUGUAAAUUUUCUGAAGGGUUUUGAGUUGCUACAUAUAAACGAAGAAUGCGGGAAGCAGUGGUAAGCCCGCGAGAAUGAACCAUUUUCCCAGGCUGCCUCCUAGAUAGUUGAAACUGAACAAACACCGCUUUUAACUGCUUGACAAAUAUCGUACAGAUAUUUUUGAUCUAUGCAAAGAUCGUCGCUCCGGAAUUCGUCAACUGAUGAUUCUAUUUUUAAAAAUAAAGUUACAGGAAGCGUUUCGCAGAUUUGCAGUUGUUUUCCAAGAGGCUCGGAAAACGCACGUGGUCCACUGGUAUUGCCAUCCAGUUUUUCAAAUAGAUGUCUUAGGGGCAACUCAUUGGCGUAUAGCUGACAGUCAAACCACUGCAGGGGCCUUCCAAUUUUAUUCUCCGUUAACACUAUAAUGCCUCCCUUACGCCCUGUGUUUGUGACAGUACCAUCACAGCCAACGACCUCUAAUAUGUUGAGGUUCAAAUUACAUUUUUGUAAAAACUCCAAGAUUUUAUUUACUAUAUUCACAGCAGUGCCAGACUUAGGACAAAUGUGACCCAGAUACUUAGCACCAGGUUCUUCUAUCAUUGUGAUAUGCUCUUCCACCACAGUUUUCCUUGCAUUUUCCUGGAACACUAAAGUCUUGUCUUUCCGUCCAUCCAAGUAGAGACCACGUAAAAAUAAUGGAAUAGAAUCGUCCUGAACUUCAGUUUUUUUCUUUUCUCUUGCUCUUCUUAUUUUGUUCUUAUCGAUGACAUUUGUUUUCCUUUGUGGACCUAUAACACCAAAAUCUAGGAGCACCGCUGAGGCAAUUGCUGCUCCUGCUCGGUCGGAAACCGAAUACCGGUCUAGUGUUUCAGCUAAUCUCGGUAUUUCCUUCAAAUUGCAUUCUGAAGUACUAGGCAAAUUUGAUGUCCUAGGUGGGAAAUUAAAUACCUCAGGGAACGUCGCACUAGAGGAGCUUGCAUACAAAUUGGAGUUGGAAAAGUCUUCACUGUCAGAUUUAUCACACACAUCUGUCAGUAAUUCAGAAGACGAUAAUUCUUUUUUAUUGACUAUUACACUAGUUGAUUCUGAAGUGUGAAACUUGAAAAACUGUGAAAGCUUUUUUCUCCUUUUGCAAAAGUUUCUGGGACUCAACUAAAUCAAGGGAACCAAUCUUCAUUUUGCGGCAAGUUCUCUGGUCUAGAAGAAAUGCUCUUUCCAGUCGAGGUAUCUAAAAAAUGGGUAAUAAGUUUUUAAACAAAGUUUGUUAAACUAAUAAGGAAUAAAAGUUUACCUUGUAUUUCUUUGGACAAUUACAUGAAAUGGUUUCAGCAUCUUUACCUUUACAUUUACAAGUCGCUAUGUCAAACAAGGUUUCACUGUUGCUUAAAAAUGAUUCCAGUUGAGAUUUGUAACUAAGAACAUUUUGUCUUUUCUUAAAUGGUUUAAGAAUUUGUCUUCGUUUUUCUUGAUAUUUUCUCAAUAAGAAAAUAAUACUUUGGUGGCUUAUGAUUGGAAUUGAAGCCUUGAUCCAAACGCUUUUUACUUUCUGAGCCACAAUUUCCAAGGCUUCCGGAACAAGUCGAUUCUUAUUGACACCAUUUUUUUCCAAAUCGAAACGAACCCACAAAAAACACUUGAUAACAUCUUUGUAUGUUGGUAACUGCGAGUCAUUAAAUUCACUAGGAUCACCAAAAAUUGGACACCGCGACGAAUUUCUUGUUUUAGCCAUUUUCGCAGCCACUACUUCUUACUCGACAGUCGGCAAAGCACUAAAAUAAAAAUGUCUGUCUGAAUUACCUGUGUUGCGCCGCGCUUGCUGUAAAACUGCUGCCGAAGCGUUUGAAAAUAAACGCUUCAUCUUGUUUUAGGAAUAUUUACUUAACUAUUCGGAGUAAUAUUAUAAUAUGUAAUAAUGAUGGGUAAUAAUGUAAUUUUUUUUUCAGGUAAAAAAAGUUAUAACCCUUAUGCUCUAAAAAUUAUAUAAUAAAAAAUAUGAAGAUCUGCUUCUAAAAAAAUAUAAUUUUCAAUUUUUUCCACUGCCACCACGACUUUUUAUAUUAAAAAAACAGAGGGUCUUUGUGGCAGUGAAGAAAAAUAUUUGUCGGGACUAUUUUUGUGCUUAAAAAUUAUGUUUUGCUACAACGCAACUUUUUUGACCCCAGGAGUUGAUAUUUUACAAAAAAAAAAAUUUCGGCCCACCCUACUUCCCACAUUCCUUAUGAGUUGAUUAGUAACGACAUUUCCAAGACAAACCCAACUUGGUAUUUUUGUAUUUUGGCCAGGAUUUUCCCAGAAUUUGCCUGUGUGACGCGCGCCUUUUGUAUAAAUAUUUACUGGACAUCCAACUUUUGUAAUGAGUUAACUUAGACUGCUGUCCAAAUAAGGCGUAUGUCUACCAAAUAAUAGUUGGACAUCCGACCUUUUGCAAGUCUCUGAAAUAGUAUCGGCUGGGGUUUGGACAUGCGCUGUUGCAGCAUUCGAUAGAACUCAUUUUUGGUAUAUGAAAGGUAUAAAAAAGUGAAUUUUGCAAAGAAUGUGACAUCCACCCUUAGUAAACAAAGCCCCAUAUAUGUACUUAUACUAUUUCAUAAAGUAAUACAACUUAUACUCUUGAAAUUAAUCUUAAUAAAAUAAUGUUUUCUUUUGAAAGUUUUUUUUUUCGCUGUUUGGACAAUUGAGCAGCAACAUAAAAUAUGGCAACGAUUACUUAUACUCAUUUUUCAUAAGUUUUAACUUAUACUCGUUUGCUCACCUAGCAUAGAUAUAUUAUCCGUUACUCAGAUUUUGUGCCGAUACUUUAAUACAAUUUUGGUUACAUACGAUGAUAAAUUUAUAUACAAAAAAAUGAUAUACUAAACAUUAAACAAAAACUAAUUAAUUAUUUCUUAUAUUGAGAAGCUAGCAAGACAAAUUAAUUUUACCUGAAAAUAUCGAUUAAAAUUCAAAACAUUUUUGGUAAAAUAUAAGCUUAAACCUAUUUUAGCUUAACCUUAUGUUCGGAAUGAAAUAUUGGUUUUCUAAUGCUGUAAAAAUGUAAAAAGAUUAGGUUAUUAAUGAUUGUAAAUAAAUAUAUGUUUAAACGUAAAUACAAGAAUGCCAUUUCAAAAUUAUCCAUUCUCAAUUUUUUACUGUUAAGAAAAUAUUUUUAAAAUCAACCAGUCUUGAAGAGAAAUUUGAAAAGGUACCUCUAAUUAAUGAGUCAAGGAGAAAUAUGUAAUUAUUUAUUCUCUUUAUGCAUUUAUAAUAUUAAAUUGAGAUUGGCAAGCUAUGAAAUUACAACUUGUAUAUCGUAAAAUGAUUUAAAAAUGAAAAUCCUAAAAUGUAAUCUGUACGAAAUGUGAUAUGUACGUUUCUGGUCUUUAUAUGUUGGAAUAGACUGAAUAUUAAACGAUGCUCGAUAACAUUUUUAGAAAAUGCUAAGAAGCACAUACGAUGUUCUAAAUCUGUAUUUUAAAAUCUGUAAUGCAUGUAAAUGUUGCUCGCUUCUUAGCAUUUUAAAUGGACUUAAAAAGAGAUGAGAAUGCAGAAUAAACUUCUAAGAUUUUGA